GACCAAUCUCUCCCUCAUCAUUUCCUCAUCUCAUUCCUUCUCUGAUCUCUUCUCUCUUUAUUGAUUUCGGCCGAUACGUUUAGUGUCAAAAGUUUUCAUCUUUUUUGUUUUUCUCGCUCUCUCGUUCUCGUAGACAAACACUCUCUAUUAGGCAGUGUGCCCAAAUUCAUCCACUUGCGUGGAAGAGGAUAAAGAAUCUGAGAGGGAUCUUUAAAGAUUCUACCUUUGCUUCUUCUUUUUUAUACCCGUUCCUAUUAAUGUUUGGGACUAUUGCUUCCUGCGAUAUCGAAACUGCCAGAUUGAGCCGUAAUUUGGGGGUUACGUGCAAUUUAGGGUUUUCCUGCGGUGGAUUUGAAGACUUUGGUAUGAGAUUCGAAGGGGAAAACAUGGUUCCACACAAAGGUGAAGAGGAAGAAGACGGUCGACAAGUGGUGGUCACCGAGACGGCCCCGUUUCAGUUUCAUCAUCAGCCGUUGCUCCAGCAGCAGCAUCAGCAGAGACUCGUUGUUGGGUAUGCUCUCACUUCCAAGAAGAAGAAGAGUUUCUUGCAGCCCAAGCUUGAAGUUCUUGCUAGGAGAAAAGGCAUUUUCUUUGUCGCCAUUGAUUUGAAUCGGCCUCUUUCUGAACAAGGGCCAUUUGAUGUUGUUUUGCAUAAGUUGCUGGGAAAAGAGUGGCAAGAAGUUAUUGAGGAUUACCAGCAAAGCCACCCAGAAGUGACUGUGCUUGACCCACCAGGUUCGAUACAGCGUAUAUAUAAUCGACAAUCGAUGCUUCAGGGUAUGGCAGAUUUGCAUCUGUCAGAUUCAAGUGGCAGCAUAUUUGUUCCAAAGCAAAUGGUUGUCUUGAAAGAUUCAGCAGCUAGUGCUGACAAAGUUGUGGAAGCUGGUCUUAAAUUUCCACUAGUUGCAAAGCCGCUCUGGAUUGAUGGAACUGCGAAGUCACAUCAAUUGUACUUAGCUUAUGACAGGCGCUCACUUGCAGAACUUGAUCCGCCUUUAGUCCUUCAAGAGUUUGUAAAUCAUGGUGGAGUUAUGUUCAAGGUUUUUGUGGUGGGUGAUAUUAUAAAAGUCAUGAGACGGUUUUCUCUACCAAAUGUAAGUAAUUGUGAAAAAGCCAAAGUUGAUGGCGUCUUCCAGUUCCCAAGAGUUUCAUCUGCUGCUGCUUCAGCGGAUAACGCAGACUUGGACCCUCGUGUUGCUGAACUACCUCCAAAGCCUUUCCUCGAGGCGCUUGUGAAAGAGCUAAGAAGCUUGCUGGGACUUCGGCUUUUCAACAUAGACAUGAUCAGGGAACAUGGGAGCAAAAACACGUUCUAUGUUAUUGACAUUAACUAUUUUCCUGGUUACGGAAAGAUGCCAGAUUACGAGCAAGUAUUUGUAGAUUUCUUCCAAAAUCUGGCGCAAGCAAAACAUAAGAAGAGACAACAUUGUAAAUGAAGAUGGAGGCAGUGUUAGAUAUGUUCUAAGGAACGACAAAUAAUAAUAAAAAUGUCUAAUUAAGGAUUUGUACAGAAUUAGCUUUCCCUUUUGGAAGCUGUAUCAGAUAACAAGUUUUGAUUACUGAUACUUUGAGUUCUAAAUAAAUAAAUAAAAGCCUUCAUAAUCAACUUCUGAA